AUGAGUGACGAAACCAUUCCCGAGGAAGUCUCCGCUCUCCCUGCUCAAAGCCAACAUUACUUUGACCGAUUCUCAGAAGACGACCCGGAGUACCUGCGCAUCAGGAACAUGGCUGCAGACCUGCGCCAAGACUUCAACCUGAUGGAGCAGAAGAAAAGAGUCACCCUGAUUCUGCAGAGCCCCUCUUUUAGGGAGGAGCUGGAGAGUCUCAUCCAAGAGCAGAUGAAGAAAGGAAACAACUCCAACAUCUGGGCCCUUCAGCAGAUAGCCGAGUUCAUGGCCACCACGGCUCCCUCCGUCUUUCCUCCGUCGCCCUUGAACCUUUCCACAGUGACACCCAUCAAUGACCUCCACGGCACUGACUCUGUGUCCCUGGCCAAAGGGGAGAGGCUUAUGCGCUGCAAAGUUAGCAGUGUCUAUCGGCUGCUGGACCUUUAUGGCUGGGCACAGCUCAGUGGCACCACAGUCACGCUGAGAGUCAGCAAAGAACAGGAACAUUUUCUGGUUUGUCCCGAAGGCCUUUCCUGUCAUGAAGUUACAGCAUCCAGCUUGAUUAAAGUGAACAUCCUGGGGAAGGUGGUGGAGCAAGGCAGCAGCAGCUUUCUGGUGGACACCCAAGGAUUCAGCCUGCACUCGGCCAUCUAUGCGGCUCGGCCUGAUGUGAGAUGCAUCAUCCAUCUGCACACACCAGCCACAACUGCAGUCUCCGCAAUGAAACAAGGCCUCUUGCCAAUUUCCCACGAUGCACUGCUGGCAGGUGACAUGGUGUAUUUUGACUUCAAUGGUGAAAUGGAGGGAGAGGCAGACAGAAUUGAGUUGCAGAAAUGUCUUGGACCCACCUGCAAGGUUUUGGUGCUCCGGAAUCACGGCCUGGUGACCCUGGGAGACACAGUGGAGGAAGCGUUCUACAAGGUCUUCCAUUUGCAGGCUGCCUGUGAAGUCCAGGUUGCUGCCUUGUCUAGUGCUGGUGGGCCUGAGCAUCUCAUCCUCUUGGAGGCGGAGAAACAGAGGCCUCACGAUGUGGGUCUGGUCCGAUGGGCUGGCAGCACCUUUGGGCCCAUGCAGAAGAGCCGCUUGGGAGAGCAUGAAUUUGAAGCACUAAUGAGGAUGCUGGACAAUCUAGGCUACCGGACCGGCUAUGCUUACCGUUACCCUUUUGUCCAGGAGAAGACAAGGCACAAGAGUGAGGUGGAGAUCCCGGCCACCGUCACUGCCUUUGUCUUCGAAGAGGAGGCGGGCCCCAUCUUCACCCACCGGCAACACGCCCAGAAACAGCAGAAAGAAAAGACCCGCUGGCUGAACACCCCCAACACCUACCUGCGUGUGAAGGUGGCUGAGGACAGCCAAGGCGGUGCCAAAGCCACGUGGAUGAAAGCGGACGACGUGGAGAAAUCCAGCAGUGGCAUGCCAAUCCGAAUUGAAAACCCAAACCAGUUUGUGCCUCUCUACACAGACCCACAAGAAGUCUUGGAAAUGAGGAACAAGAUCCGAGAACAGAACCGCCAGGAGGUGAAAUCGGCCGGACCCCAGUCCCAGCUGCUGGCUAGCGUGAUCGCAGAGCAGAGCAGGAGCCCGUCUACCGAGAGUCACUUGGCUGAUGGAGAGACGAAGGAUGACUCCCGUGUGGAGGCCUCUCUUGAGCCCGAGUCCCCCAACCCCUUCAGCCAGCUAACCGAUCAGGAACUGGAGGAGUACAAGAAAGAGGUGGAAAGGAAGAAGCUGGGACCUGACGGUGAAAAGAAGGACAGCGGUCCAGAGGAGGAAAUGACAUCCCCUGAAGAAUCCACCGUCACUCCUCCCGAACAGAGCCCCACAAAGCCUGGGGCAAGGAGCCCUGCCAGGUCCCCCUCCAAAGCUCCAGAAGGUGGGAAGAAACCUGCUGAUCCUGCCUCAGCCGACAAGGCCGAGCCAGAGGCAGUAGUGGUCAACGGGAAAGAAGACGACCAAACAGUUGAAGAGCACCUCAGCAAAGGGAUCAGCCAGCUGACCACCAAUGCAGACACCACUGAGGGCCCAAAGGACAAAACCGAGUCGGUCACCGGUGGGCCUGUGAGCCCUGAAGGGUCCCCUUCCAAGUCUCCCUCCAAGAAGAAGAAGAAAUUCCGGGCCCCCUCCUUUCUGAAAAAAAGCAAAAAGAAAGAGAAGGCAGAAUCCUGA